AUGGGUUUUUCAUUGAAGCUCAAAACCAAAUCAGGCCAGCAGCAUAUUGUGAGCAAGCUGGCAGAUACGACGACCGUCGGUGACCUUAAGACGCGUAUCACCGAGCUCACCAACAUUCCGGGCGAUUCACUGCACGUGGUACUUGGCUUUCCGCCGUUUAAACCGUUGGACUUUUCCAACGAAGCCAGCCAGGUGCUGGCGUCGGGCAUUAGCAACGGUGAUACACUAAUCGUGGAAGAAAAGUCACUGACGGAGGAAGAACGCAAGCAAUUGGAAGCAGCGAAACGGUUGGAGCAAGACGAGAAGCUAGCAAAGGAACUAGCUGCCCAGGGCAGUGAAAGUAGCGGCAUUCUACUGAAGAAGGUUGUUCCUUCCGACAAUUCAUGCCUAUUCACAAGCAUAGGGUACGUUAUCACGGGAAAGGUUGACCCGGAAAGCAGUCAAUACAUGAGACAGAUAAUCGCGAGUACGGUGAAUGCCGAUAAGCACGAGUACAACGAAGGCAUCCUCGGUCGCCCAAACGAUGAGUACUGUGCCUGGAUACUGCAGCCCGAAUCGUGGGGUGGAGCGAUUGAAGUAUCCAUCCUGUCCGCCUACUAUGGUAUGGAGUUUGACGUGGUCGACAUCACUAAUGCCAUCAUAAAUCGGUUCGGUGAGGACAAGAACUAUGGCAUGCGUGCAUUCCUGCUGUUCGAUGGCAUUCACUACGAUCCUUUGUACCUGGAAUCAACGACUGGAGAUGCACCAAAGACAAUUUUCCCCAUCGAGGACCAGUCAGUGUACCUACAAGCGGAGCAAAUAGCCAAGGAAGCCAAGUCGGCACGCCAGUACACGGAUGUGAACAAGUUCACUCUCAAGUGCAUAGACUGCGACUGCUUCCUAAAAGGUCAGAUUGAAGCGCAACAGCACGCGCAAAAGACGGGCCACAUCAACUUUGGCGAAGUUUAA